UCCCCCUUUGUUCCAUUCGCUUGGGACUAGUGAGCACGGAGUAUUCGGUUACAAAGCCGGCGGGGCCCACGACUUGCGUCUGUAUCCCUUCGACUCCAGUCCCGAGGGCAACCGUCAUCAUGGCCCCUGGCGUGCCACCACAUGAUGAACGUGCACAGCAACAGCCCAUACCAAAUAGACCAGAAACAAAACUACCCCCAAUACCACAUGGCUCGCGCGUGCGAAAACGCCCCUUGCCCGGGCCCUCCCCCUCCGCACGACCACGAACUACUGGCCCGCUCUCCCCCGACGAGCUUAGGGCCAGCGCCGACUCUAACGGCUACAUUCCUCCCCCGCGGGCGCCGCACACUGCCGUCAUUAAGAUCUCUUCGGGCGCUAGCUUCAUGAGCCUCGUGCGGCGCGCCCGCAAGGCCCUGGACAAGGCGCCCUCGGCUCAAGCGACGAAGGGGCAAUCGCUGGCCGCGCGGGUUGCGGCGCUCAACAAGGCUGCUGCGCGGGACGGGAACAAGGGCCCAACAACAGGCGAGGUGGCGGACGACGUGCUGCUCGUCGCGACGGGGAAAGCAAUCGGGCUGGCGGUGGAUCUGGCGGGGUUCUUUAGCAGGGAAAAGAACUUGGCUGUCCUGAUGAGGACGAGGACGUUGAGUGCGGUGGAUGAUGUCGUGGCCAUAGACGAGGACGCGGACGUCGAGGACCAGGUCAGAGUAAGGUAUGUCAACUGCCUUGAGGUGGGUCUACGAUGGUCGUCGUGAGAGGGCUUGGACAUUUUCCGCUUUUACACAGUACGUCGCUGCACGAGACGGGACUGCCUCCUGUCUUUCCG